AUCACUAUGCCCCAUAACACCUAUUUCCCAAAAACCCCUCAAAAAGAACAUGAAGUUUGGCUUCUCACCAUCCUAUAAAUGAACUCUUUUAGCAAUUUCCCACACAGCUCAAAAACAAUAUCACUAUGGCUACCUUCUCUAUCUUGUAUUUCAUCGUUUUUUCCUUCACACUCUUUAGCAGUUUUAAUGGCAAAUUCUCUGAGCAAUUCCCUUUAGCCAUAUCCACAAAACGAAUGGAGAAAAUGACUCGUCUCCACUUCUACUUCCAUGAUAUCCCAAGUGGAAAUAACCCAACAGCCAUCUUGAUUGCUGGACCACCGAGUAAGAUUGCCAAUAACUUUGGCAGCACUUUCAUGAUGGAUGACCCCUUGACAGAAGGACCGGAACCUACUUCAAAGCUUGUGGGAAGAGCACAGGGAAUGUAUGGAUUGGCUUCUCAACAUGACAUUGGGUUGCUUAUGGUUAUGAAUCUUGCAUUUGUAGAGGGUAUGUAUAAUGGAAGUACCCUAGCUAUUCUGGGUCGUAAUCCAAUUUUCAGUAUGGUGAGGGAAAUGCCAGUAAUUGGAGGUAGCGGACUUUUCCGAUAUGCUCGAGGAUAUGCAUUGGCAAAGACAGUGUCAGUAAAUCAGAAGACAGGAAAUGCUGUUGUUGAAUACAAUGUGACAGUGAUGCACUUCUGAAUAUUUUGUCUAAUUUAUGGGACCUGCAGCUUUUCGUAUCAUUUCUUUCUUUUACUGUUUGUUGAAAUGGGAAAUUUCUUUUAGUGUUUGUUGAAAUGGGAAGUGUUUUAAUUUCCCAGUAUCAUUGUUCUAGAGUCUAUAAAGAUAGUAUUCCAGAA